AUGGCUUCGAGAUUCACAGACGACGAAGAUGAUGUUUUGGCGCCAAAGGAACCGCAGGUCACUUCUUUAGAACCUGAAGAACGUAAAGCAGCUCGAUCCCUCCGUAUAAAAAGAAGACAGGAUGCACUCAAAAGAGCUGAUCAGCCUGCUGAGGAAGCUGCAGCGGAAGAAGAACCGAGUCCCAUAGAGCAGGCGACAUCCACUGCUGCUGAGGAACUACAACGACUGGCGUUAGAUGGCGCUGCUAAAGUUACCAAUGUCAAGGUCACCACUGAUGAGCGCGAAGUUAUCAGGCGCACAAAUUUCUUUGAGAAAAUGUCAAGUUCAUUACAAAAGAUUGAGGAGGAGGCAAUUGAAGCACAAACACAAUAUGAAGCUAUUUCGGAAAAUUGGGAAAAAAUGUUAGAAAUCAAAGAUCCUUUAGAUAUCGACGCUGAGAUGAAAGAACAGAAGAAAACAUGCGAUGCAUUGCUUGAACAAAAAGAUGCACUUAUUGCCGAACUUAAAAGUGAUCUGAAACGGAUGGAUGAGGCUUAUUAUGAAGAUUUGGAGAAACAGGAUCACGACAUCAAAGAAUUAUCAGACAGAAUCGAGAAACAAAUAACAAUAAUGCAAAGAGCUUAUGCAAAGCAGCUGACUCUCAUUGAAGCAGCAGUUAAUAUCGAAAGGCAAGCAAUGACGGAACAUAACAACAAGAGAUGGGAGGCACUCCACAAACAAUGUGACAAAGAAGAAGUCGCUCAUAUGGAGUACCGAUUCACACAGCUAGAUGAGCACAAGCAAGAAAUGGAAGCAAUAAUGUGGGACCACCACGAAAAAUAUCGAGAGGCCAAGAUAGAACUGGAAUCAUUAAUACAAGAACUGCAACAAGAAUUGGAAAAAUUAAAGGCUAUAUGUAUAAUUAACACUGAGAAAAUUGGCUAUACGUAUCAGGUUCUAAAAAAACGUGAAGAAGAAAAUGUGUUUGUCAGAUCCCAACAGAAACGGAAACUCAAUAAAAUGUCUGACAUAGCUAAUGCUUUGAGAUCGAAAAUUCGCAAAGCAGCUGAGGAUGGUGCCAUAGAGGAAAUAAAAGCAGACGCUGAAAUUAACAAGUUGAUGCAAGCAAUGGACGAUUUAGAGAAGAAAUCUGAUCAUUUUCCCGAGUUAACCAUUAUAAGUUCUCCCAAGUGUGGCGUAUGUGCGCUUCAAGAUGCAUGGAUUUGA